AAAGGCCCUCGAAACGUCGAUAUCUCAGUGUUGUUACAAAGGGACCAAAUUUAACACUAUAUUACGACAACAAAAAUAAAUUUUGUGCUAAAAAAAAAUACUGUGAUACCAUUUUCAGUAGUGAGAUUUGUAUGUUUGGUGUACUGAAGUCUAAUAAAAACAAGAAGUAACAUGUUUGCGGAAGAUAGACGUGAUAAUGGUAUCGAUAAUCCGGCGGUCACGGCAGACGACGGGUCUACAUUGAAACCCGAUUUGGUGAUAAGUGUGCAGCCAAAGCCAAAUGACAGUUCCCGCGCCGAGUUGCCCGUGACGAAUGUGAACUGGCGCACCAACCCUCGCGGCCAGUUCAUCCCCGUGCACGGCUUGGACUUUCUCAUCGGCGUCACCAGCCUCCUCAUACAGCAGACGGUGGAACUCGACGAUUUAACCUCGAAAGUGGAGUCAGAAAACCGGUACAUAGUGCGAGUGCCUCACGGAGAAGCCCUGUACAUCGCGAGUGAGGUCUCAUCGCCGACUCAGCGCUGCCUGUGUGGCUCCGGUCGAGGAUUCCUGAUGCAUCUGCAUGACAGCACCAGACAAGAGGCCAUGGUGCUACAGAGGAGGCUGGCUGCAGCUUCUUGUUGCUUCCCGUGUAGAUUGCAGGAGAUGAAGGUGAUCACACCGCCUGGUGACUACGUGGGUCGGGUGGUACAGCAGUGGUCCUGGGUGGUUCCCUUCUACCUGGUGAGGGACCUCAACGACCAGGUUCUGUUCGCCAUCGAAGGGCCGGCGGUCUUGCAGCGGAGUGCCCUCAUGCUUUCAGAGUUUAAGAUAAUGACCGGCGACUCCCUUCGCGAGGUGGGCAAGAUAUCCCACGGCUGGGACCGCGACCUGAACAGCUUCGCCACCACCAUACAAGUCCCAAAUGCCACGGUCCAACCCAAACAUAAAGCAUUGUUACUCGGUGCCGCCUUUUUAUUAGAAUAUACGUACUUUAUGAAAUCCAAGAGAAGCUGUAUGAGGUGUUGCUGUUGAUAAGGUUCAUGUAACGGAAAACUGAUAUCACGUUUUAAGUAUUCAUCCAACUUGUUAUUUUUGUACAAUUAGGUAAUAAAUAUUUUUAUACUAUUGUUA